AAUUAGGUCUGAUCAAAGUAACUCUUUACUUAGUGCAGUGAAGUCCUCACUCAAGGAGAAUAUUACACACAUUUACUAAUAACUGACAUCAAGGUUUAUUAGCCGUGCAUGGAUCAUAAAGAGUGGUCACAUAGGGUCAAUCACUAAAGGUGGAAGUAUCUUUGGUAUUUAAGUAGACCUAGAUCUAACAGCGCAUUAGUGCGACACUGUUCUUCUUUUAGAACAAACUGCCCGUUGGCUGUGAAAAAGCGCCUACUGCUCGCGGUAAGGAAUUAAAACAAACAUUAAAACAUUUCUUUAAAGGCCUAGAAUAAACUGAUGAAUGUAUUUUCUUGUAACUUUUGUUGCUCCAAGUAGCCUACUGUAUUUCCAUAUUCGUUAUUUGUUGUAUUUGUAACAAGGAAGAUGUACAGUAGGUACCUUAACCCAGGACACAUAAAAAACUAAAACAAAUGUACCUUGACUACUUCUUUGAAUUCAUGAUGCAGGAGAUGAGGUUCACAAGAUGCACCACGAUGAUGCAGUUUGAAAUGCUACUGAAUGUCAUCUUUGUUGCAGGUGGUGUGGGAUCCUGUCCUACAGUUUUUCAUGCAUCUUUGCCAAACAAGAUGGAGGCAUUGAGGGACACUUGUUUGCAAAUUCCAUGUUCAUUUGAUUCAGUACCAUCAAAUCUACUCCAUAAAAACAAACCCUUUAUUGGGUUUUGGCUAAAAUCGACCUAUUAUUUUGGGCCUCAUCCAGAAAGUGUGGUUUUCAACGGCAGCAAAACCAAAAAUACCUAUCCAAUAAGUAUCAUUGGGAACAUGAGUGAAUACAACUGCACAACCGUUUUUGCAAGGCUGAACUCAAGUUAUGCUGGCACAUAUUACUUUAGAGUCGAAAACAGCCCUUUCAAGUCAACUGACACCUGCAAUCCUCUUACAAUCACAGUUAAAGAUUCAGCCCCAGCACCCUCCAUACAGACCCUCCUGGAGGGACCACUAACGGAGGGGAGCAGGGUAACGUUCACCUGCAGGGCCAUCGCACCCUGUCCCACCCAGCCGCCUCACCUGAGCUGGAACCAGUCAGGAGGCCCUGAGGGCCGGCCGGAACCGCACGGAGACCAAGAGCCUAACGUCAGGACCCGGCGGCUGAAUAUCACUCUGUCGGACCGACAUGACGGGGUCCGCAUCACCUGUCUGGUGGAGUAUCCGGUGAACGACCCAGCAGGCGGGCCCAGCAACAGAACAGCAGAGAGCGUCGUGACGCUCAACGUUUCCUAUUCCCCGAAGGAUACCCAGGCCUCCAUCAGUCCCCCCACGGUGUCGCUGGGCAGUGUGGUCAACCUGACGUGCACCAGCAGAGCCAACCCCCCCGUUCUCCGGUUCACCUGGUUCAGGAGCAGUGCGGAGGGACCCCUGAACGUGUCAGAUGGAUCUUUGUACAGCUUCAAUGUGUCCAGCUACAGAGACAUCUACUACUGUGUGGCCACGAAUCCCUUGGGAAACCAAACAUCAAAAGAGAUUAAGCUCACUAUCAGCGGUGAAAGCGUUGGAUUGAAUGUCCCUCUGAUAGUGAGAUUCUUAAUCGGUAUCGUCUUCUUUAUUGGUCUGAUCAUCUCUGUCCUGUGGUUCCUGAAGAAACCUUCAACACAGCAACCGGUAUAGGAAGCAGGCACUGCGUUAUGGGUGGACCUGACGGACCUAGGACCACCCACUGUUCAACAGGCCCACCCAAAACCUUUCUUGAAAAAAAAAACAUUCUUCUUGAAUGCUUUAUUUUUACUAUUGAUAUUGAUGCUUGAUCUGAUUUGUGUUAAAAGCGGUAGGCUAUUGUUUUAGUUAUUAUCUCGUAGUAGCCUAGGCUACAAUUUAAUGCAUCUUCUUUGUAUUAAAAGCCAAGCUCAGUCUGUUGCUAAUGAUAUCGAAAUAUUGUUGAAAACUUAAAACAAUUAAACAGAAUUCUGAAAUAGUUUGCCUCAUAUUAUACGAGCAUAACUAAACUAAAUCAUAUAGUUUAGUUAUACGGGCGCGAGAAUGACUCUUGCGCCCGGUGUGAGUACCAGAUGUGUUCGGCUCAUGGCUGACAGAUCGGCUCGGGGGUCCAGAUGCCCAAUAAUGACGCACUUCCUGUAAACGAUGUCAUUAAAUGCGCAUGCGCGUCACUCAGUAGCCGGUACUUCAGUUUUUUCGUUGUUCAAUUGAAGACAA